CUCACUCUUCAAUACAGAAAUUACUAUUUGACACUGACAAAACAUACUGUAUGGUGGUCAGACGGGAACUAAGCGACUUACUACCGAGACAGACUGUUACAGCGUAAACAAGAGAAAUCACAAAACAGAGUAAAAGGACAAAUUAACUAUUUUUCACUAGCCAUUUAUUUGAUCAUUAGUGACAUAGGCCUACCAUUUGUCUCAUUUGUAAAUAGAUUUAUUUUUUAUUUUUAUUUUGUUAAUUUCCCGUAGUGCUGUAAUCUUGCUCAUCAUGUUGGACCAGCUGGCUUUCACGCAAGAGAACAGAGAGCGGAUACAGGCAGUGGAGAACUCCUUUGGCCCCUCUGGGAUGUCCCUGAUCAGACCUGACCGGGUCUUGAUAGGCGAGGGGCGGCUGAUGAAGCUGUGUCGACGCCGCCCCCAGUCUAAAGUAUUUUUCUUGUUUAAUGACAUUUUGGUGUACGGUAGCAUCAUCCUUCAUGGACACUGGCACAGGAACCAGCAUGUUAUCUCCCUGGAGGAUAUCCAGCUAGAGGACCUGGAGGACGGGGUCAUCAUGGAGAACCAGUGGCUGAUCCGCACACCACAGAAGUCCUUCUAUGUGGCAGCUGCCUCUGCUGAGGAGAAGCGUGCCUGGAUGGAGCACAUUGAGGACUGCAGGUGUAAGCAGCUGCAGCAUGCCGGCUGCCAGCCCGGGUGCACCUUCGCCACCACCUGGAUCCCUGACCGGGCGUCCGCCAUCUGCAUGCGCUGCUCUAAAACAUUUCGGCUCAACAAACGUCGCCACCACUGUCGUCGCUGCGGCUUUGUCGUGUGCAACGCCUGCUCCAAGAACCGGGCCGUGAUCUGCCACAUCUCUACUAAGCCCGUGAGGGUGUGUCGACUGUGUCACCUCAGUCUCCAGGACCAUGGGGAGCUGACUCAGGAUGAGGUGCAUCUACGGGGGGACAGUGAUGGGAGGAAGUGCUCUGAUGAAUCUGACCUGGUCAUGCCUGAGUACGAGGCGACUAGCGACGAUGAGGCGAAUGAGCGGGUAGAAAACCACGCACCAAGCAAUUGGGUUGACUGUCACAACUCUUGGACCCCAUUUAACUAUUUAAAACCGGACCAUCAAAGUCUCAAUCUCACUGGAUUGUCAAGUCAAUGUGAGAGGACCCUGAAAAGUAUUUACUGAAUGAGUAGGUGGAGAAAAGUGCCAAAUCAAGACGAUACAUGAUCACAUGUAAUCAUAAAUAUUGCACAAAUAUGAACACUAAUCCUACCCAUAUAAUGUAUGCAUUACAUCAAUUUUUUCCUGUUAAUAAUUAUAAUAAUAAUAUUCCUUUGAGUAAAAGGUUAACUUGUAGUAUUCAUUGUUGACUAGCCAUUAUGCACACACGGAGCAUCUUAUUUUACAUGAAACACAUUUCGCACUGAACACUUUUAUAUUUGUCCUAUACUUAUCGUGUUUUUAAAAAAAAGGCACAUUGACUACGAUAACGUGCCUAUAUUAAGUGUACCUGUAAUUAUAACUCUAAAUGGCAGCAAUAACUAUACCUCUUUAUUUAUCACAAUCACAUCAACCAUUUAUCUUGAAAUGAAAUAUUUUGAUAGCAACCUUUGGUCAUCCUUGUCCUGAACACCUGAUAAGACUGCUUAUUGACCCCCCAAAACAGCUGUAAUCAAACUAUUUCGUGCUUAGGUGUUACAAGCCUCCUGCAGACACAUGAACCAGUCCUGAGGCAACAGGUGCAGUAGAUAAGCCUUUCGAGAAAGUUCUUGCGUCAUUUCAUUUUAACAACUCUAGUGUUGUCAAUGGCAAUACUCAGGCCAACUGCCAAUGACUUUUUUUUUUAAAGAAUGUAUUCAAAUGCAACAUGUCAAUCAUUAACAUUUUAUAGGCAUUUCAAACCAAAAAACAGUUUAAAUUGUGCUCUCUGGUUUCUGAAAAGAACUGUCUAAAAAAGUUUUUUCUAUGAAGAUAUAAGACUGCUCUCACAUCCCCAGACUACCAAUAAAGUGGUGAUGGAAUAUGAUAUCUUGUGACUUCAAUCCAUUUGAAUUUGGAAAAAGCUGCUAAGACACUGUUUCUUAGUAAGCCAUAGGUACAAGACUGACAUCCAUCUCUCAGAAACGAAUGACAUAACUUCUAAUGAAAUUUCCCCUCAAGAUUAAUGACCAAUCUUUCGCUGUAUGAUGUUAUGAGAACCGGCAGGUCCAAGCUUGCUUGCAAAGAAUGAACAAGGAAACUACUAGAACUACAUUUGAAACAUUGACAAAGAGGAACUAUAUUUCAUUGCGUAUGAUCUCGGGAAACCCAGAAGAAAAAAAUCUUGCGAAAUUGCGACAGAGGAGAUUACAGGACUGAUUACAUUGCGUAGCAUUGUCUUCCUUCUCUUUUAAAAUUUUUUUUUAACCUUUAUUUUACUAGGCAAGUCAGUUAAGAACAAAUUCUUAUUUUCAAUGACUGCCUAGGAACAGUGGGUUAACUGCCUGUUCAAGGGCAGAACGACAGAUUUUGUACCUUGUCAGCUCGGGGAUUUGAACUUGUAACCUUUCGGUUACUAGUCCAAUGCUCUAACCACUAGGCUACACUGCCGCCCGUUCUUCCAGAAUGUGUUAAGGGGUUGAAUUUCCCUCACGAAACUGUCAAGUUGAUCCACUGAAACAACAUGUUUUCUGGCUUAAUGAUGUCAUACUAAAAGCUCUUGGUGAUCAUACACGUCCCCGUUGUCCUUUAUUUCAUUUAUCAUGAUUUUCAUACAAACACUUUAGUACAAGAGCACUACAAGAUUUCCCCAAUUAGUUCAUUCUAGGACUAGGUGGCACUUAUCACCAUUUUAUGCGCCAGAAGUAUCAAGGCCGGUUUCUCCGAAGUACUCAUCUC